AUGCCGUCUACGGAGAAUCAGAGCUCUUCUGCUUCUUCCUCAUUUUCGUCCUUUGGCAGAUCGUUAUUCGGUAUCAGGCAGGAACAGGUUCAUUCUGUGGAAGCAAGUCAUGAGACAGAUUCAUGUAAUUUAGAGCUUGGGUCGUUCCAAAAACGUGUUACGGAUCGUUUUCAAGACCUUUCUGUGGUUAGUGAUGAUGAAUUGCUAUCAAUUGAUUGGAUGCAGAAGCUUCUCAAUGUAUUUAUAUGCUGCCAUGAGGAAUUCAGAGCGAUUAUGUUGAAUAAUAAAGAGCAGGUAUCGAAGCCUCCUCUGGAUCGGAUGACGUCUGAGUUCAUUGAGAGGUCGGUUAAGGCUCUUGAUAUUUGUAAUGCGAGUCGAGAUGGGAUUGAGAAUAUCCGUAUGUGGCAAAAGCAUCUAGAAAUUGCGAGCUGUGCUUUGGGUUCAAAUAAGCGACCCUUGAGUGAAGGGCAGUUUAAGAGAGCUAGAAAGGCGCUGAUGGAUUUAGCAUUGGCAAUGCUUGACGAGAAAGAAUCGGGAUCCGUUUUUUCUCAACGUCAUAGAUCUUUUGGGCGGCAUAACUCGAGCAAGGAUCAACAUUCGGCAGGGCAUUCAAGAUCACAUUCAUGGAGUGUCUCUCGGUCCUGGUCUGCAGCCAAGCAACUACAAUCCAUUGCAAAUAACCUGGUUCCGCCUCGCGCGAACGAAAUUGCUGCAAACAGCAGGCUUUCGGUUUCUGUUUACACAAUGAACUGUAUUCUCUUGUUUGUUUUGUGGAUCCUUGUUGCAGCUAUACCUUGUCAGGAUAGGGGUUUAAACCUUCAUUUUUCAGUCCCGAGGCAAUUUACCUGGAGCACUCCAGUUACUUUGCUUCACGAACGGAUCAUGGAGGAGUCAAAGAAGCGAGAGCGCCGCAACUCAAGUGGUUUGCUGAAGGAGAUAUAUCAAAUUGAAAUAACCACCCGCCACUUGACAGACCUGGUAGAUUCUGCUCAGUUUCCAUUGACCGAGAAACAUAAAAUGGAAAUUGAACAGGAUUUGAAGGAGCUAAAGCUUGUUUUGGAAGCUUUUCGAGAUGGAUUGGAUCCGUUGGAGUGCCUUGUAAGGGAGGUGUUCCGAAAGAUAGUGAUUUGCCGAACCGAAGGGCUUGAUUCACUUGGUGCAUCUAACUAUACAGGGCAAUGA